AUGGCCACUCCUAAGCCAAGAAUCAUCCUUGGUCUCAUGACCUACGGCCCCGACAACUUUGCAGACAACCGUGUAACAACAAUUGAAGAAUUCAAAACCCAUCUUGAUGCUUUACAAAAGCACGGAUACAAUGAACUUGAUACAGCCCGCAUCUAUUCUAACGGUGACCAAGAAUCUUUCACCGCAAAAGCUGGAUACAAAGAGCGCGGCUUCAAGCUCGCUACAAAGAGCUACCCCCGAACUCGUGGACAGCACACUGCCGCCAAUUUGCGCAAGGACUUGGAGACUUCUCUUGCUGAGCUUGGUACUACAUCUGUAGAUAUUUUCUACCUGCACUCGGCCGACCGCUCUGUUCCCUACACUGAAACUCUGGAAGCGGCAAACACACUGUACAAGGAGGGAAAAUUCAAGCAACUCGGAAUUAGUAACUAUGCUGCGUUCGAAAUCGCAGAGAUUGUCAUGCUAUGUCAAUCUCGAGGCUGGGUUAAGCCCACUAUCUACCAGGGGGUUUAUAACGCCAUCACGCGAAACCUUGAGACUGAAGUAAUUCCUGCUUGUCGUCGCUUUGGAUUGGAAAUUGUCAUUUUUACUCCCCUCGGAGGAGGUCUCCUGACUGGUCGCUACAAGGCCAUCGAUGAGGAAGAACAAUCAGGCCGCUUCAGCAAUAGCACAUUUUUGGGGCCCAUUUUUCGAUCCAUGUACUUCAACGAAAGUUUGUUCAAAGCCCUCGACAUCCUCCGACUUACGGCUGAAAGCCACAACUUGACUAUGCCCGAGGUCGCUCUCCGAUGGAUCGUGCACCACUCUGCUUUAAAGUUUGCCAAAGAUGGAGGCAACGACGGCGUCAUUUUUGGAGUUAGCAAGAUUACUCAGUUGGACCAGAAUAUCUUGGACCUGCAAAAGGGUCCUUUGCCGGAGGAUGUUGUCAAAGCUCUGGAUGCUGCCUGGAUCAUAGCAAAGGGCACCAGCCAAAACCCGUGGCACACGCCACUUGUUUAUACGUACGAGGGACACUCAUAG